AUGGAGCUGAGGCAGCAAUUACUUUUAGUUACGUGGGUGUCGCCAUAUGGAUUGGUACAAAAUUUGAUAGAUUAUGUUGUUGUAAAUCAGAAAUGGAAGAAGUCUAUGUUAGACACCAGAACAUUUAAGGGCUGCAGUGUACCUUCUGGUCACAAACUUGAGAUCUCCAAGAUUAGAAUAAAGUUGAAGCCCAAUCAAGAAAAAAGUAGAAGUAUAAAGUUUGAUGUAGAUAAGUUGAGAAAUGAAAGUGAUAAACAACACUAUGAGGUGAAUGUAGCACGCAAAUUUGUGACAUUAAGCUCAGAUACUAAGCACGUAGCAACAUGGAUGUCAGGUUAUGAGAGAAGUAACAGCAAACCUUGGUUCAGUGAUGAAGCAAAAGCUUUAAGUGAAGAGCGGCAAAGGUUGAGAGUUCAAAGGGCUAUGUUUGCAGCUGUGAGAGUCUUGAGGAACACAAGCCAGAAAAAGUUUUUGGAUGGGAGUGAUGGCCAUGUUGGAUGA